UGUUAGCAUUAAAUUCUAAUUUAGAAGCGUUAUAAAAUGCCGUUACAUGUUAUAAAAUGUCAGUACUGAUUCAUGUCCAACAAAUGAAUUACUAGACGACUAACUGAUGGCGCAGAUACAUGCAAUAAAAUGGCUUGUAGCCCUGUUGGCUGUGCAGUUUGUGACUACCGAACCACCAACUAUAACCCAGACGGAUCAUGGAGUUACCUUAACUAUGAAAUAUGUUAAUCAACCUGUUAUGGAAUUAAGGAAUCCCCUUAAAAAGCCCAAAGAAAAAGAUACAAGUGAAGAGCCUGGGAAAGAUGUGCCCUCGGUGGAACUAGAAACCAACCCACAAUCCUCCGAAGAAGCUAAAACAGAACCAGAACCAGAUCCAGAAUUAGAAACUAAAACAGAACCCGAACCAGAUCCAGAAUUAGAAGCUAACACUGAACCAGAACAAGUUCGAGUCUUAGACCCUCAUUUGAAGCCCAAAAACGAAAACAAAUACAGAAAUUCAGGUUCGAACUUAGAAAACCUACUACUUGAAUUGGGACGAUUAUACAACCCAUCAAGCUUUUCGGCCUAUAACAACAUAUCGACAACGGAUGGGAGCAGACACUCACAUCGAAAUGUAACGACACAUUAUAACAUAUAGUCUAAGAUAUUGAAAUUUAAAAAUAUAUAUGUUUUCAUACGACCAAAAGCAUUAUAUUUCUAUUUUCAGAGCCACGUUGGCUCUGAAUGUCAAAUAAUGUAUUAUAAAAUAUUUGACUUAAUUGGAGAUUCACAACACAGACAUGAAGUAACCUCAAACUAUGGCUAAAUUCAUCUUAUUUCA